AUGGAUGAGCAAGGUUCUUCCAGAGAAGAUGAUAAUCAGAGCUUAGCUCUUUCCUACAUCGGCUCUUCAACACAGGUCUCAAAGCUUAGCUCUUUCCUUUCAUGGGUCAACAAAAGACAGGUUGCUUUUGUAGAUAUUAAACUACCAAGAAGAAGUUUGCAAGUGGAGUUAGUUGCAACUCAUGCGGAGAGAGAAGAACUAAACGGCUUAUCAACCGUUUGGCUUAUGAACGUGGCCUUGUCUUUGUCCAGUGUGGUGGAUGUCUUAAGCCUCAUAAGCUGGUUGAGAAUCUUGGUCAUUGUUGAGUAUGACUUCCGCAAAGAAACCUCCAAGGAUUCAAGUACUGAUCAAAUUUGA